GUCAUUUAUGCUGAUAUCGAAGCUGUAUUGGAAAGUUUUCAUAGGAAUCUGAAUGAUCCCUUAAAAUCAUCUACCACUAUGGCUCAGAAGCAUACGGCAUGUGCAGUGUCAUUUUAUGUUGUACAUAACUAUAAUCAUCAUUUAAAUGAGAUGUGGACAUAUGAAGGACCAGAUUGUAUCGAUCAAUUCUGCCAAGUGCUUCGAUCGAAAACCAUGGGACUUUAUGAGAAGUACUGGUUAUCCGCUAAAAAACCAAUCUACGAGUUCAACAUUUGGGAUGAGGACUAUCAGGAACAUGGAGAGUGCUAUGCCUGUGAUGAGCCCAUUUCGACUGACGACCGGGAGAAGUUUUUUAACCAAUUCACAGGCCAAUAUGUAGGUCCUAUUCAUAAGGUUUGUAAGCAAACAUUUAAACUAAGCGAUCCUUUUUUCCGGUAGUUUUUCAUAACUUGUCUCGUUAUGAUAUUCAUUUAUUUGUAACAUCAAUAAAAGAUGAACUUAAGCCCAUACCGUGUAACAAAGAGUUAUACAUUGCGCUAACUCAAAUUGUUGAGAUUGAUUUUUCAAAUCAUCAACAUUAUAAA